UGGUUGCCCUAGGUGUCUGCUUGCAUUCCUGUACUUAGACUGGCCAGAACCCGUAAGAAGGUUUUGUUUUACUGUCACUUUCCUGAUCAGCUUCUGACCAAGAGAGAGUCUCUCCUAAAGCGCAUCUACAGAUUACCGCUGGACUGGCUGGAAGAAUACACGACUGGCAUGGCAGACUGUAUUGUUGUGAACAGCAAGUAUGAGAGAAAAAAGAAUCUAGCAUUGGCACUCGAAGCUUUGUGCGAGCUUCAAGGAAGGCUUGAUUCUCAUGAGUGGAAUGAAGUUCACCUGGUUAUGGCAGGUGGUUAUGAUAAAAGAGUCCUGGAGAACGUGGAGCACUAUGAAGAGCUGAGGAGACUUGCAGCCAAGCUUAGUGUUAAUGACCAUGUCACUUUUCUGAGAUCGUUCUCGGAUGAACAGAAGAUCUCACUUUUUAGUAACUCUGUAUGUGUGCUUUAUACGCCAAGCAAUGAACAUUUUGGCAUUGUUCCUCUGGAGGCAAUGUAUAUGAGAUGUCCAGUUAUAGCAGUUAAUUCAGGCGGUCCUUUAGAAUCAAUCUUGCAUAAUGUUACAGGAUUUUUGUGUGAUCCUCUGCCAAUGCAAUUCUCUGAGGCCAUGGAAAAAAUUGUGAGAGAUCCUCUCUUAAAGGACACAAUGGGAGCAGCUGGGAGAGCCAGAGUUAUGGAAAAAUUUUCCUCAGAAGCAUUCACAGAACAGCUGUACCAAUACAUAUGCAGAUUAAUACAAUAAAAUUAUAUUUCCAUAUUAUAUUUUACAGCUUUGUAUCUCUAAUUUGUAUGGGAGACCAGUAUUCAUUGUGACUAUGAUGAAGAACCUGGGACAUCUGAAGUUCCUUGUUAUGCUUCUUGUGCUGCCUUAUGUUGCUUGAUACAAAGAACGAGCAAAACAUGUCCCACUGUCUUAUUAGAAGUUUGAAAUUUUUAUGUGGUAGGCUGAUCUGCCAUUGUAGGAGUUCUUUUGUGUACUGUGCCUUGGAAAAAUGUAUAGUUAAAUGGCAGUAACUUACUAGGAUAUCAUUGCACAUUUUACUUUAAUACUGUAUACGAUAUGACUGAUUUCAGUUUACAAAAUGUGGAUUUGUACAGAUAAGACAAGUGCAGCUUUAUUUUUUAGGUGUUUCAAAUGUUCAUCAGUAACUUAAGUGAAAGAGCUAUCUCAGCUGAAGUAUGGAGAGAAUUGCACAGUCCAACCAACCACGUGUUUAAAACACCAUUAGGGAUAUAAAUGGUAUAGUUUUAAAAUGAUUGACCUUUUACACUACUUCUUAAAUUGUGUUAUGUUGUCACAUUGGGUGUCAUAAACAAGUGUACAGGUGUGUGAGCAGGAGGUAGCUGAGACUAGAAUAAAACCAAGGACACCAGACUACCUCAGGCAAAAACAUUAGUGAUGAAAUUCUAUGUCUAUGCAGAUAGCUGCAGUGCAUAAGGAUGUAAUUUUACUUUGAGAGUUUCUGGUUUGUAGAGACUUAAAUGAUAUCCCUUUCACUUAACAUUUCAUUCUAAAUGACAGCACACUUUUAAAAUGUUAAUCUGGAGCAGGCAAUAAAGACAUUUUAUUUUGCUUGUUUUAGUGGUAACUUUUCAGUAAACUUUUCUGAAUAGUGUAGCUGGGGGAUACGUUUCUCCUAGUAUGGUGACUGCACAUGUGACAGUAAUUUGACUUAUUUUUCGAGUGUAAUACGUGGUUUUGGGCAAGGUAUAUCUGAUUUUUUUUACCUACCUCUCUUUUUAGUGCAUCUUUAUUAGUUCAUUGUUCUGUUUGGUUUGCAAU